AUGGCUGGACAUGAGCGCAUGAGCUUUCUAGACGCCUACAGUGGCUACCACCAGAUCCCCAUGUUCGGUCCUAACCAGGAGAAAACGGCUUUCAUCAGCCCUAGAGGCACUUACUGCUACAAAGUAAUGCCCUUCGGCUUGAAGAAUGCUGGUGCAACCUACCAGCGAAUGGUCACUAAAAUGUUCAAGGACCAGCUCAGUAAAACCAUGGAAGCAUACAUUGAUGACAUGGUCAUCAAAAGAAAGUUAGCCGAGCACCAUCUGAGGGACCUUGAGCAAGUGUUUGCAAUUCUGAAAACUCACAAGCUUCAACUGAACGCCUCAAAAUGUGCCUUUGGGGUAGGAUCAGGGAAGUUCUUAGGGUAUAUGUGCUCCGAAGCCCUAGAAGAUUUGAAGAAGUAUUUGUCCUCUCCUCCCCUUCCAUCUACACUUGUCGCCAACGAAGAGCUUUUCCUUUACUUGGCUGUUUCUGAUCAUGCUGUUAGUGCAGUGCUAGUCAAAGAGGAUGGAAAUGAGAAAAAACCAAUGUAUUAUGUUUGCAAGACACUCUUAGAUGCCAAAACUAGAUACUUGCCAUUGGAGAAAUUGGCAUAUGCACUAUUAAUUGCCUUUAGGAAGCUUGUUCACUACUUUCAAGGACAUACCAUCAACGUCCUCACUGAAUUCCCCCUCAAGUCGAUGUUCAGUCGAGCAGAUUUCUCAGGCCGAACAGCAAAGUGGGCGGUGGAGCUUGGAGAGUUUGAUAUCAAGUUCCAACCUCGAACAGAAAUCAAAGCUCAAGUCCUGGCAGACUUUGUUACAGAAUUCACCCCGGGACCAGCUAUUCCCUCCGAAGGGAGCUCGGCUUUGGUCACCAUGACUGCCCAGCAUAAAGGGCAAUCCCCGGCCGAAGCAUGGAAACUUUUUGUUGGAGACGUAUGGAAGCUGUUUGUGGACGAUUCUUCUAACCAAAAAGGCUCAGGGGCAGGAGUUGUCCUUAUUUCUCCUGAAGGAUUCAUGUGGGAGCAAGUCAUUCGAUUGGGCUGGAAAGCUUCUAACAAUGAGGCAGAGUAUGAAGCUCCACUAGCCGGCCUGCGAAGUGCCGAGCACUUCAAUGCAGAGGAGCUACUCGUCUUUAGUGAUUCCCAAUUAGUGGUCAACCAACUCUCUGGAGUUUACAAGGCUCGUGAUGAGCGGAUGGCCACUUAUGCAGAACAGGCCAAAAAUUUAAUCAAAAAGUUCCAAGCCAUCGGGGUCGAGAAGAUUGGCCGAGAGGGAAAUGGUCAUGCUGACGCUUUAGCUUGCCUGGGUUCCUCGAUCGACUCCAGGGGCGGCCGCAAAAUAUGGGUGGAAUAUGUACCCCAACCAAGUAUUCAACUAGUCGAAAUGGUACUCUGCACUGACUUGGGCCCAAGUUGGAUGGACCCACUCUUGGCCUUUUUGAAGAAUGGCACCCUUCCUGAGGACAAAAAAGAAGCGCACAAGACAAGGCAUAGAGCUGCUCGGUUUUGGGUCUCCCCAUCUGGCAAUCUUUACAAGAAGUCCUACAUGGGCCCUUAUCUACUCUGUGUUCAUCCAAGUCCGGUGGAAGAUGUGCUUUAUGAGAUCCAUGAUGGAAUCUGUGCAAGGGGAACUGGGAAUAAAAGAUUCUUCAUCGCUGCAACUGACUACUUCACUAAGUGGGUGGAGGUGGAGGCCUUGUGCAAGAUCAAAGAAGCAGACACUAAGAGGUUUGUUUGGCACAACGUUGUGACUCGAUUUGGCAUUCCCAAAGUCCUUCUCUCUGACAAUGGUCCACAAUUUGAUGGCAAGAUCUUCAGGAGAUUUUGCGCUGACUUGAAGAUAGAGUUCCGAAACUCCACUCCGGCCUACCCACAAGGCAAUGGCCAACCUGAAGCGUCCAAUAAGAUGAUCAUUGACAGGAUAAAAAAGUGUCUUGAAAAAGGCAAGGGUAAAUGGGUGGAAGAGAUACCGAAUGUCCUCUGGGCUUACUGA